CUUCCUCGCCCGGACGGACGCACUUCCGGCGGAUGUGGGGGGGCAACCCCGGAAACGGAAGUGAGCUGUGGGGCCGGCUGUCGGUAACGGGGCUGAGAGGCUGUUCCCUGAGCAAGUUGAAGAUGAAUGCCAGAGGACUUGGAUCUCAGCUAAAGGACAGUAUUCCAGUUACUGAACUUUCAGCAAGUGGACCUUUUGAAAGUCAUGAUCUUCUUCGAAAAGGCCUUCCUUGUGUGAAAAAUGAACUUUUGCCUAGUCAUCCUCUUGAAUUAUCAGAAAAAAAUUUCCAGCUCAACCAAGAUAAAAUGAAUUUUUCCACACUGAGAAACAUCCAGGGUCUGUUUGCUCCACUCAAAUUACAAAUGGAAUUCAAGGCAGUGCAGCAGGCUCAGCGUCUUCCAUUUCUUCCAAGCUCAAACCUUUCACUGGAUAUUUUGAGGGGUAAUGAUGAGACUAUUGGAUUUGAAGAUAUUCUUAAUGACCCGUCACAAAGUGAACUAAUGGGAGAGCCACACUUGAUGGUGGAAUAUAAACUGGGUUUACUGUAAUCUCUCGUGCUGUUCAUGAAAAUAGAGGGGCUGCAUCUUGUUUAUAGUCCUCUUUUUACUAUAAUUUGAUGUACACAACAUUAAAAGUACUGACAUCUGAGAA